AUGUCCGACCAGGAAAGAGCCUUGGGCAAUGCUUUAGAAAGAAGAUCGUUGGAGGAGUCUGGACACGCUGAGACCUCCGAGGCUUCCGUCAACAUCUUCGACAGAUGGGCUGCUAAGCUUAAUGCCGAGACGAAAGGUGUUGAUCUUGUGCUUGACGAUGAAAAGACUGACGCUUCCAUUUGGAACGCUGCUUCUAUGUGGUUGUCUGCCAAUUUGGUCAUUGCCACUUUCUCCUUGGGUGCCCUUGGUAUCACUGUGUUCAAGCUUUCAUUGUUCCAGUGUAUUAUGGUGAUUGUCUUCUUCGCUCUCUUGGGUGCCUCGCCAGUGGCAUACUUCUCCAUCUUCGGAUGCCGUUUGGGUCUCCGUCAGAUGGUUGUUUCGAAAUACCUUUUAGGUAACUACGGUAUGAGAAUUUUCGCUUUCAUUAACAUGAUCGCUUGUGUUGGUUGGGGUGCUGUGAACAUUAUGGCCUCUGCUCAGUUGCUUAACAUUGUCAAUGACGGAGCACUCCCGCCUUGGGCUGGCUGUUUGAUUUUGGUCAUCUGCACUAUCUUGGUCACUUUCUUCGGUUAUCAUGUCAUUCACAUGUACGAGAAGUGGUCGUGGAUUCCAAACUUGGCUAUUUUCAUUGCCAUCAUCUGCCGUAUGGCCAUGGCUCAGACUUUCACUUGGGGUGAGACCAAAGGUGGUGAAACCACUGCCGGUAAUGUCUUGUCUUUCGGUGGUACCGUUUUCGGUUACGCCAGUGGCUGGACUACCUAUGCAUCUGACUACACUGUCUACCAGCCUCGUAACGCCAACUCGUUCCGUAUUUUCUUUGGUAUCUUGGCCGGUCUUUUGUUGCCCUUGAUCUUCACCUUGAUUUUGGGUGCUGCUUGUGCUACUGCUACCUUGAGAAAUGACGAGUGGGCUGACCUCUACCAAGAGAAGGCUGUUGGUGGUCUUGUUUACGCCAUUCUCGUGAAGGACUCUCUUCACGGCUUCGGUCAGUUCUUGUGUGUUGUCUUGGCCCUUUCUACCGUUGCUAACAACAUUCCAAACAUGUACUCUGUUGCCAUGAGUGCCCAGGCCUUUUCUUCGUACUUGAAGAAGGUUCCUCGUGUUGUUUGGACCGUCUGUGCCAACUUUGUUACUUUGGCUAUUUGUAUUCCUGCUUACUACCAUUUCGAGUCCGUUAUGGAAAACUUUAUGAAUUUGAUCGGUUACUACUUGGCCAUCUAUGAGUCCAUGUGUCUUUCCCAGCAUCUUAUCUGGAACAGAGGCCGUUGGUCUGCUUAUGACUACGAGAACUACAUGGACAAGCGUGCCUACCCUGUCGGUUUGGCUGGUGUCUUUGGUUUCUGUUGUGGUGUCGCUGGUGUUGUUCUUGGAAUGAACCAGCAAUGGUACAGUGGUGUCAUCGGUAGACAGAUCGGUGAGAGAGGUGGUGACAUUGGCUUCGAGUUGGGAGCCGGUUUUGCAUUUGUUGGGUUCAACUUGAUGAGACCCAUCGAGAUCAAGUACUUUGGAAGAUAA